AUGGAUUAAGUGUUUAUCACUCCUAGUCAGAGAAGUCCAAGAGCCUCAAUAGGACCUUUUGAUGUUAUCAAGUAAAUUUAUCAGAAAGAAAAAAUGCCAUCUUUCAUACAAUCAGAGGAAAGCUUGAUCAACUGUUUAAAUGAAGGACAAUAAAGAUAGGCUAGUCCUUAAAGACACACUUCUAGAACGAAAUUACAACAAACAUAUAUAUCUCGUUCCUCUAUUUUUAAAUUGCACUUGAAACCAAAAUUUUUGAAAUUCAUACAAUAAAAAUAAUUCAUUUCCAGAUUUUUUUAGAAUCUCUACUAACGAGCCUAUGUUAAAUAGAGCAAUAAUGAUUAUCUGUAGGAAAAUUACUUAUCUAUAAAUCUAAAAAACAAAAACGAUUGUAUUUAUAGUUACAUAAUUUAUAGAGGAAUUAUCGCCGAAGGAUAACAGCUAUGUUAUUUAACCUGGAUCUUUCUUUUUAAUAUUUUGGGAUCUGGUUGGAAUCAGUGUAAUAGCUUUAAGUUUAUGGCUGUGUCCGUUUCUAGCAUGCUUUUUACAGUAACAUACAGAGAGAUAAAUGGAUGAAGAGAUUUUCAAAUAUUUAGUUGCCAUAAUUGCAUUGUAUGCAGUGUUUGACUUUAUAAUUAGUUUAAAUCGAGGGUUCAUUUAAAAAGGAGAGGUAAGACUCUAAUCCUUAUGUAGGUAAUCUAUGACAGACUGUAAAUUAUUAAGAACUAUUUCUAAUAUACUUUCUUUACAGAGAUAUUAAAUCUGAUUAUGUGGUCUCUCUUUUACUUCGAUUAUUAAGUAAAUGAGUUUAUUACUAUCAUUUAAAUGCUCAUCAUUUUUAAACAAAUCAGAAAGAAAAUUACUAUUUAAUAUGAAUAAUUCUAUUUGAGAGGAGGACUGAGUUAAAUCUUAGAUCUAAUAAAUGUAAUUCUAAGUGUCUAUUUUGUUGCUCACACAAUGGCAUGUUUUUGGUAUUAUAUGGGAGAACUUACUAGUCAUAAAUUUGGUCACUCUUGGCUCAUUAAGGAGCAUCUUCUAGAUGAAACGCUUUGGUUGAGGUAUGCCUAUUCUUUGUAUUGGGCAACCAUGACGAUGGCAACAGUUGGAUAUGGAGAUAUCACGGCAUAAAAUCAUUACGAGGUUGUAUCUUCAAUUAUAAUGAUGUUCAUUAGUAGUUGCACCUUUGCUUAUUCAAUGAAUUCCAUUGGGUAUAUUUUGAAGCUAAUUUAUGAUCAAAAAUAACGAUAUAAGUAAUUAUUGAAAUUAAAUCUUAGAAAAUCUCUAAUUCUAAUAAAUUAACACAUGCGGAAUAACAAUAUUGAACCGGAAUUAUAAAGUAGAAUACGGAAUUAUUUGCAAUUUCAUUAUCAAGAGGAUGUUUUUGGGAGUUAAGAAGAUGUAUGCAAAAUUAUUUAGAUAAAAGAUAGAUAAAAUAUAUGCUUAUCUCCCUUCAAGUCUCAAAACUCAACUCACUGUUGAUAUCAAAAUGACAAUAAUGAAAAAAAUUAAACCACUACAACUGUUUUCUUUGUAAACAUAGCAAUUCAUAGGUUAAGAAAGUGAAUUGUAGACAUAUCUUCCCGGUGAUUUUAUUCAUGAUUUUGAUUCUUCGCUGUAUAAAAUUUGAUAAUUUAAGCUACUUUUUUCAUUCAGGUACUGCAACAGUCAUGGAAAAACAAAGCAAUUCAUAAAUAGAAAUACUCAAUGAGGGUGACACCUUUGGAGAAUACAGUUUUUUUACAGGUUUCCAUGUGAAUAUAAAGGUUAAAGCAAACACACUUUGCAAAGUAUAUAAAAUUGAAAGAUCGAAAUUUCUAGAAAUACUCAAAUUUAAUCAAAGGGAUUUUGAAAAAUUUCAUUAAAUCAAGGAUGAAAUUAUAUUCGAUUCAAAUCUCUAGUAAAUCAACUUAAAAUGCAGAUUCUGCCAUCAAUAUCAUCACAUUAGUUUAAAUUGUCCCAAUAAUUUCUAUUAACCAGACAUUGAAAGAAUAAUAAAAUAAGAAUAUUUCAAUUAGUAGUAAAGAAGAGUGAGAAAUAUUAAAAGAUAAUCUCGAAGAUAAUUCAAUACUCUGCUUGCCCAAGAAGAAAUACAAAAUUGUGCUUAAUUAUUUGACGACAACGAAUCUAUCAAAAUACUAAGUUAAGACGAUUAAAGAAAUUCGUAUACUUUAUAUGAAUCUAAGUUGGAUCAUAAAAGUUAGAAAAUAUCUUCAUAAAAACAUAUCAUCGAUAAACCAUCUAAUUCAUGCUAGAUUAUCGAUGAAUGCAAUAAUACAGAUAAUUAGCAAAUGAUGUUAGAUGAGUUUAAAAGUAAAAAUUUAAAUGUCACUGCAGAAAUUGACUAAUAUUAUUGUUUUACUGUGUAUAAGUAAAAUAAUAAUAUAGAUAAUAUGGUUAAAGAGUAUGAAAAGCAGUUUAAGAAAUACCCAAAAUCUUUUCAAUAAAAAAUGGACCAAGCAGGUAGGUACACCUUUUCUUAUUGGGCGAAGUUCAAUUCAGUUAAAAUAAGAUAAAUAUUGGAAAGACCUCAAUGAGAAUUGAAU